UUCUUACAUUACAGCAAAGUAACCUAGCUUCAAUGGCUUCGUCCAUAGUCCGCCAGCUGUUUUCUUCAACUCCGGACCAGCUCUCAACGGAAAGCAGCCCCCAAACACCGCUGCUUCCUGCUUUCCACGCCACCACGGCUCCGCUUCCGGCUUUGGGGGCACGAAGAAACCCUCGUUACAACCUCCGUGCGUUUGCUAUCUCUCCCCACAACGUCUACUACAGUGGUUGGCAACUGCUUUUGGCUUUGCUAGUUAUCUCUUCUGCUGCUGUGCCUCCCGCAGAGAUGGUGCUUGACAAUGAAGGAUGGAGUCUUUUAUCCGUUGCCGACAACAUAUGCAAUAUUCUAUUCGGCAUUGAUAUCAUUCUCACAUUCUUCGUCGCUUACGUGGACGAAUACACGCAUCGUAUUGUGGACGAUCAUCGGAAGAUUGCUACCAAAUAUGCAAUUUCUUGGUUGGCUCUAGAUGUCCUCUCAUCAAUCCCUAUGAAAGCUAUAAGGAAUGUUUCACCGAUGAUUCUGAAUGAAUAUGGCUUAUUCAGUUUGAUUCGUCUGUGUCGUCUCAAGCGAAUAUUGGACAUGUUUAACAAAUGGGAGAACGAUAUCACAUUGAAUUAUAAUUGGUUGAGGUGUGCCAAGUUUGCAUCAGUUAGUAUCUAUGUAAUUAAUCGUGCUGCAUGCCUCUUCUAUGUGCUUGCUGCUUAUAAUGAUGAUCCUACCAACACUUGGAUCGGUCAAGCUAUGCCACAAGGAGUCGAUUUUCGAAAGCUCGGCCUCUGGUGUCGAUAUAUUUUGUGCAUGUAUUGGUCCACCACAACAUUCUCCACUGCUGGCUAUGGGGAUUUGCAUCCCGUGAAUUCAAAGGAGAGGGCGGCGUGCACUAUAUAUAUGUUGUUGAUCUUCGCAGCCUCGUCAUAUGUGAUUGGUAAUAUCAGUCAACUGAUGAUCGAUGUCACUAUGAAAAGAAAAAGCUAUAGAGAAUUGGUUCAAGCUGCUACGGGUUUUGCACUAAGGAAUCGGUUGCCUUCUCAUCUUGAAGAUCAAAUGAUAUCACACCUGACGUUAAACUAUAGAACCAACUUGGAGGGCCUGCAAGAAAAAAUGAUACUCGAUUCACUUCCUAAUGCCAUUAGGACGAGCAUCUCACAUCAUCUCUUCCACUCGGUGAUUGACAAGGUUUACUUGUUUCGUACAGUGUCGGAAGGCGUACUCUUCGAGCUGGUCCGUGAGAUAAAGGUAGAGUAUUUCCCUCCCAACAAAGACGUGAUUUUGAAAAAUGAUACACCAACGGACUUUUAUAUUAUUGUCUCGGGGGCCGUGGAUCUACUGGGUGAAGAUCAAGUGGUUGUGGGGGAGGCACGGAAGGGUGAGGUUGUUGGUGAGAUUGGUGUAUUAUGUUUCAAGCCUCAAUUGUUCACGGUGAGAACGAAAAGGUUAACUCAACUGUUAAGGCUGGAUCGCACCACGUUUCUCAAUAUCGUUAAAGGCCAUGCUGAAGAUGGGGCAAAUAUCAUGAAAAACUUUACUGAGCAUUUGAAUGACCCGGGAAUGAAGCAACUUGUUGAGGGUAUGGGUAUGUCAAUAGAUAACUUGAAUUCAGCCGGAAAAGGGCAACUGACAGCGGCAUCGCAGACAAGGGAUAAGACACCAUCAAGAGACGAUGCGUUUCUCUCCUCAAGGGUCUCCGAGACAGGAAAGGCUAGCUCCUCCUCGGCGGUGGUUGCCCCUUGAUAGCUGGAGAUGCUAAUCGUGUGCUUGCUAGUUGUUAUUUUGACCAUUUAUAUCUACUACUACUAAUUAAUGGACAUCUAUCUUGUUGAUGGUUUAGGGAGAUACUAUUAAUCUAUGGACAUCAAGCUCAUUGUGCGCUUACAUUUUGACUAUGUAUAUCUACUGCUAAUCAGUGGACACUUAGCUUGUUGAUGGUUUUGGUUGAAUUAAGGACAAUA